AUGUCUUCUGUUAGUGACGUCGUGUCGAAUUUGCGACAAUCUUUCAACAGUGGCUUGACAAAAUCUAUCGUAUGGCGUCGUCGCCAGUUACACGCUCUUCUCAGAUUGAUCGAUGAAAACUCCGACGAUAUCGCUGAAGCCCUCCGCAAGGACCUUAACAAAUGCGAAUUCGAGAGCUUUCUCUUCGAAAUCGAUUUUACAAGGAACGACAUUGUGAACCAUCUGAACAACCUUUCGAAAUGGACGAAACCGACCCCAGUGAAAAAAACACUCUUCUUCAUCGCUGACAGUUGCUUUAUCAAACCAGACCCUUUCGGUGUUGUGUUGAUAAUCGGGGCCUGGAAUUAUCCAUUCCAGAUCAUACUGCUGCCUCUAGUCGGGGCAAUAUCAGCAGGUAACUGCGUAGUCCUUAAACCUUCAGAGUACGCUGCGUCGUCUGCAGACCUCAUGUGCAAACUCGUGUCCAAGUAUCUCGACCCAGAAUGUAUACAGCUGAUACUUGGGGGCGUACCAGAGACUACGGAAAUAUUAAAACAACGUUUCGAUUAUAUUUUUUACACUGGGAACAGCGAGGUGGGUAAAAUUGUUAUGAGUGCAGCAGCUGAAAAUCUAACACCCGUGACCCUAGAAUUAGGUGGUAAAAAUCCAGCCUACGUUGACUGGAACUGUAACUUGCAAACGGUUGCAAACCGUUUGCUAUGGGGCAAGGGCUCGAAUGCCGGACAAACUUGCAUCGCCCCCGACUACAUCAUGUGUCCACAAGAAGUACAGGCCCCACUUGUAGAGGCCCUCAAGCAAAGUGUGAGCCAUUUCUACGGGGACAACGUUGGCAAAUCCGAAUGUUAUGGGCGGAUCAUUAACAAACGUCAUUUCAAGAGACUACAGGCGAUAUUAGAAAGCAAAACACCGGCAUUUGGUGGCGAGAUGAACGAAGAAGAAAAAUUUAUUACUCCGACCGUCCUGACGGAUGUUAAGCCGACAGACUUAAUCAUGAAAGAGGAAAUCUUUGGUCCUAUAUUGCCCAUUAUGAUAGUAGAAUCCCCACAGGAAGCCAUCGACUAUGUUAACAGUCGAGAGAAGGCCCUGGCUGUGUACGUCUUUUCAAAUGACAAGGGGUUGGUGAAAAAGUUUGUGUCUGAGACCAGCAGUGGUGGGGUCUGUAUCAACGAUUGUAUUUUACACACGGCUUUGGAGACCUUGCCGUUUGGUGGAGUCGGCUACAGCGGCAUGGGUAGCUAUCACGGUAAGUUCACGUUCGACACAUUUUCACACAAAAAGGCUGUCAUGUGGAGAACUAUGGGCAUGGAAUUUCUUAAUACUCUUCGAUACCCACCGUUUACCAAUACGAACGCCGAAAUGAUUCGUCGGUUCACAAAAAAAUCACUGAAGAAUAGUAAAACAUCAUUUGUAUUCCCACUUUGUGCUGUAGUAUUCUUGAUAGGUGCCCUUUCCAUUGCGUUUUUUAAGUAUCUUUAG